UAAGGCACCAAUGUGCGUGUGUCCGCGCGCGUGUCGUUAUUUUUAGUGAGAUAAACUUGUUCCGGAGGCCUGCUGCCAUGACAACCAGCUAACUUUUAGAGACACCUGCCACUGACAGAGACAACAACAGGAAGUCAUCUCUAAGAAGUGGUCGGCAUGUCCUCAGAAGAGGAGGCCCCCCAGACAUCCUCUUCUCCAUCAUCUUCCUGCUCACCCUCAUCUCCUCCUACCUUGCACUUCAUUGGGAAGAAGAAGGACAUCGUCGGAGCCCGGCGGGUGACCAAGCUUGUGAACGGCUGCAGAGAGGUGCUGGUCUUGUACCAUCAGGGGCAGCUACAUGCAAUGGACAUGCGUUGUUACCAUUCCGGUGGUGCUUUACAGGAGGGAGAUAUUGAGGAGUUUAAUGGACGGCUGUGCAUUGUGUGUCCAUGGCACAAAUACAAAAUCACACUCGUAGAAGGGGAAGGACUUUACCAAGCUGUGGAGAAUCCUACAGUCCGACCAAUGAGGACUCAGUGGCGCUCCAAAGGUGUCAAACAAAGGAUUCAUAAAGUCACCGAAAUCAAUGGAGACGUGUACGUAACCCUGAACGAUUCCAGAGAACACAUCGAGUCAGACGUCUACCAGACUGAGAAAUACAGGACAAUUAAAGUCCAGCCACAACUCAAAUCCAAAAGAUUAUGAGAUGAUGUUUUUGAUUGAACAACCAAGAGUCCCUGACUGAAAGGGUUUUUUUUUGUAAGAAAUAAUCCCCUCAUUUCAUAAGAUGUUGGCAGAAAGAACAUGAGUCAUUCCAUGAGGUAAGAAGACAGAAAGUGAUAAAAGAGAAAAUAAUAUUCUCAAUAAUUAAUAAUUGUG